AUGGCCGAGCACUGGUCGGACACCGUCGUCCAGUUGUGGAAUACUGGUGUCGGUCUGAUCGGAUUCGGCGGAAAUGCGCUUCUCAUCGCUCUUAUCGUCACGUCUACUCCGAAACCACUGGUGACAUACUCGUGAGUCAUGUUUUGUUCGGUUUUCAAUCCUAAUUGUGAGCUUUCAGAGUGAUGCUGUUUAUCGGAGCCGUCUCUAAUUGCUUUAUUGGUCUCUCUUCGCUAUUUGCGACUUCCAGGUAACAGACAUGAUUGCCCAUUCAGCGGGGAAAUUCAACAUUCCAGAGUGUUCACUGCUAAAAAUGAAAUGUUCUUCAUGUUCAGCGGGUUGUGCACACAUUUCUCGGACUCUCUCGAAUUCAACUCUCAGUUCUGUUUGCUGUGUAAGUAAACCACAAAUUAUUCGCUUACUACUUUCUGUUUUAGGGUACAAUCUACAAGAAAAGCUGUUUCUUCUUCAUCAAUUCAUGCUAAUUGCCGCCUGCCUCUUCCGAAUCCUUCUUCUGGUGUUUCUCUUCACGGAUCUCAACAAAGCUCUCGUCUGCAUCUUCUGCUGCCUAUAUUCUUGGUUGCACAUAACACUCACGGUAAUUUCGAUCAAAUGCUGGGUUUUUCAAGAGCCUGCCUGCGUUUGGACGUUUCGAUCGGAUCACCUGAACUAG